AAGUUUGAAUGACAACCAACUUAGUGGAAGCCUGCCCAGCAUAUUUGUAACAGAAUCCAUCAGCAUAUUGAACCUUCAAGGAAAUCGAUUGUCGGGCCCUCUUCCCGAUUUUGCACAUUGGAACACAUCUCUUGCAUCCUUGUAUCUAGGAGACAACAACUUUACAGGAUCCAUACCGCAAUCAAUCAGCAUGCUGACUUCACUCAACGCCAUUUCCUUGGCCUUCAACCAGCUAUCAGGGACCUUGCCUGCAUCUAUUACGACCCUCACCAAUCUCGAAGCCAUAGACCUAGCAGGCAACAUCAUCUCAGGACCCUUACCCACUGGUCUCGGGACCCUCUCCAACCUUCGUACCCU